AUGCUAAAGCUGGUAAUCCUUUCCAUUUGCUUAUACUUUAACUACGCUUCUCAUCCAUACAACAAUUACAAUCGAGGAGGAAGAUAUAGAUACAAAGAUGCGGAGGAGCAAAGACCUUAUCCACCUCAAGGAUACGGAUAUAGACAACCAAAUUAUCAAUCUCCUUAUUAUCCAAAGGAACCAGCAUGUGCUAAAAAUACAACAGCAACUUAUUGCUUAGAAGAUAGCGAAUAUCCCGGGUAUGAAAUUCAGAAUGCGAUUUAUAAAUAUUAUCAAGAAUUUCAACCACUUUAUGCGGAAGUUACUCAGAAUACUGGAAAUUCGGUGGAUAACUUGAAAAGUUUAGAAGAAGAGACGUAUCUUUGCCCCUCUACAACAUUAUACGCUCGACCUCUGAGAGCUAAAGAUGUAGAUGGUAAAUGGAAAAUCAUUGUUAACGUUGAGAAAUAUUAUCAAACUACAAGGAUUGAGAGUUGUAUGAAAGCCAAUGACCCUUGCCCACUUGUACCAACUUGUUAUAGUUCUUCUUGUGUGCAAAAAUCGAUUUAUCAUCGUUUCGUCAUAUAUGAUCCUUACGAUUAUUAUGGAAACCCCUUUAGGAUCGAUAUCUUCCGCUUAGAUGCAUCCUGCUCUUGUUACGUUGGUGCUUAUACUUGGUAA